GCAAAUAUGUGUUAGAAAGAGGAACUAUGACCAACUACAGACGAAAGAGCGGCUCUUAGGAUCGAGUAGAGAUUUGCGGACUUGGAGUUUAAAUCAUUAAAUCUUAUCAAUGUCAGAUUUUCGAGUGAUAAUCUUAGUGGAAAGUGCCUGUUGACAAACUGUCAGAGCAAAUGGAUAACUUCCUAUAGUCUUGAGAGGUCGAUGCGAGUGGAAGACACACUGAGCCUUGGGUUUAAAAAGCAUAAUACAGGCCUGGAUAUACUUCCUGGAAGACCCUUUACUGUACAGCAUUAUAAGCAAACCUUGCGACGCCUCCUCGUACUUGGGCAGGAUACGGAACACUGCUCGCUGAGAGAUGGGAGACUGGAAUGUGGGCUUGGAAACUCUGAGCGAGGUAGCGCUACAUAAACUCGCGGACAUGCUUAACAAUUCAAACUGUGGCUGGAGGAAGUUGGCAAAGGCAGUUACGGACCAACCCCAAUUCUGCUACAGUGAGAAGGAGCUGACAAGCUGCUCUCUCCAGGUGCUCAGUGCGAAAGGCAGCCCUGGCCGAUACUUGCUCACCUUGCUUACACACAGCCGGUGCUCCCUCACUUUCUUGCUUAAGUGCCUCAGGAAGAUUGAGCACCAUGAAGCUGUAAAUUUCCUCACCACAUGUGUGAUGGUGCCAAUAGAGAUAACGGGGCAUCCGCAGAGUGUGCAGGUGCCUGAGGGGGGCUGUGUAAUGCUGAGCUGUAGAGCAGUGGGCCCUCUGGGUCUCACCUACCAGUGGUUCAAGAGGGUAGAGGAGGUACCCGGUGGUAAUACACCAGAGCUGAUUCUGAAUUCGAUUGGCCCAGCCCAGGAAGGCCACUACAUCUGUCGUGUCAACGUCGGGGAGAAGUGGACCUUCAGCAAAUGGGCCCAUGUGCGCUUGCUCCAUUCUAGGGCAGACUCCGGUGUGAUAUUCCCUUCAUCAGCCAGUGGACUGUGGAUAACGAAGCAGCCCAGAUCACAGACACUGUCAGAGGGAGACAUCCUCCAUCUAGAAUGUUCUGCACAGGCCAACCCCCCACCCCGAUUUCAGUGGUACCACAAUAAACAACUACUUGUGAAGGCUACCGGAUGCUUUCUAAAGGUUCCUUGUGUAACCACAGCAGACCGAGGGCUUUACUCCUGCAGAGUGUACAAUCAGUAUCAUGAGAUAUGGAGUGACAAUGUCCAAGUAGAAAUAGGUCCUGGGUCUUGCACUGAUGCCUCUUGGAAGACAGUUGAGGAAGCCACAGAUAAGGUGGCGCUACUCAUUGGGAACAUGAACUACCUGCACCACCGGCAGCUGAAGGCUCCCAUGGCCGACGUGUACGAGCUGACCAACCUGCUUCGGCAGCUGGAUUUCAAGGUGGUCUCUCUGUUGGACCUCAACUGGCAUGAGAUGCACAGGGCUGUCUCUGAGUUUCUUCUGCUCCUGGGACGUGGUGUAUAUGGCCUUCUGUACUAUGCUGGUCAUGGCUAUGAGAACUAUGGCAACAGUUUCAUGGUGCCCAUUGACGCUCCGGCCUCGUACACAUCAGAGCACUGCCUCUGGGUGCAGGACGUCCUGCAACGCAUGCAAGAACGCCAGACUGGGCUCAAUGUCUUUCUGCUGGACAUGUGUCGCAAGAGAAAUCUGAAUGACAACAUAAUCCAGCAGCCUGGACCCCUAAAAGUGACAGCCAACAUUGUGUUUGGCUAUGCAACGUGUGUUGAUGCUGAGGCCUUUGAGGUGUACAAAGAUGACCUGUCCAAUGGGAUUUUCAUGAGCUUCCUGAAGAAGAGACUAAUGGAGCAGGAAAAGGUCACAGUCGUGCUGGAUAGAGUGGCUGAAGACAUGGGUAGGUGUGAGCUUACCCGUGGACGUCAGGCCCUGGAGCUGCGCAGUAAUCUUUCUGAGCGACGUGCACUGACAGACCCAAUUCAGGCCCCUGACUGCCCAGUUAUGGCAUCAACACGGAACUUACAAUGGGCUAUCGCACAUGUCCUACCAGAGAGUCGUGUCCUUCACUUCGACUGCGGUGUCAAAGUGCAGUUGGGUUUUGCUGCAGAGUUCUCCAACAUCAUGAUCAUCUACACCAGGAUAUUGAAGAAACCCAAAGGAAUCUGCUGCUCUGCUCAGCUCUCAGACAUCACUGAGGGCCCAGAGACAGACCUUAAACAUACUAAUCAGGAGAGUCUGAGAGAUGCAGGGAGCUUACUAUUGUCCAUGGAUGACUGGCUACCGCAAGAGCAGCCACGACUCUAUACUCGUCUCUCCGCUCUGCAAAGACUCAAGCGGGAUCUCUCCUUCACAGUUUGUCUGCACUACCAGUACAGUAGCCUUGAUGAAGAGGUUCAGGAAAGACAAACAGUGACUGUGGGCAAACCACUCGUCUCAAAACUUAAUCUCCACGAAAGACUGCUCCUCCACACUCCAUCCUCACCGUCAGCAUCCGCUGAGUUCCACAUGCACAGCAUGCCAGAGUCUUUUGCUGAGGAGAUGAUGGCCGAGUUGCCUUCUUUAGAAUCUUCCAUGACUGAAUCGACUGAGUCCUAUGAUAACACACAGGGUGUUUUUUCCUCCAGUUCUGGUGCCAAAAGAAAUGAACCUGAGGAGAACAUCAGCCCAGAGUUCCUCAUGCUAAAGGAGCCUAUAGUCUCCAAAAGUUUGUCCCAUGCUGACGCUGACAAACCUUUCAAAUUCAGUAACUUUCAUUCUUUCUAAUGUAUGUGGCUAAUAUCUAUUAUUAGAAAUAUUUGUUUCUAUAAAUAUUUGCUUUACCGUUGUGCAGUUUACUUUAUGUUCUCCUAACACCUGUUUCUCAUGAGUAGGCUUAGGUCUACAAAGACCAAUUUUACAUUUUUUUCCAGGCUGGACUACGGCAGUGGCCUCUUCCCAAAUGGACCAUUAGAGAUCUGGAACUGAUUCAACAUACUGCUGCUAGAAACCUAACCAGGACAAUGAGCACAAUACCCAACUCCUCAGACCCUUAUGCUAUUGUCCAGUUAGCUACAGGGCUGACAGUGUUAAUGCUCAUAAGUCACUAAAUGGCUUAGGACUUAAAUACAUUUCUGACAUGAUAAUAGAAUAGAGUCCCAGUAGGCUGCUUGGCUCAAUAUGGACUGGUCAGCUAGUAGUGCCCAGAACUGGAACAGAACAUUGUGGGGCAGCUGUCCUCUAUUAUACUACCAGCUAGAACCAAAUGCCAGAAGAUUUCACAGGUGUCCAAACUAGCAAAUUUUAAAUUCACUCUGAAAACAUUUGCCUUUGAUGAAUGUUCAAGGCUACGCACUGCACCCAUUUUUGUCUUUAUUUUAGAUAUUUUAGUUUAAUUUAUUUAUACUUGUGUGAAUUUAUUUUUGUUCACCACUUUGGGGAUUAAAUGUGCUGAACAAAUAAUCUUGCCCUGCCUAACUCUUCUGAGUUAGUGAUCUUGUCAGGCUUAUAUAUUAGUCCAAAGCUCUGCAGUGGUGUCUGCAAUGCCAGAGAGCUCUGAAGAUUUUUAGCAACAGAGUAUCGUUUUGCUCCAUUUAAACUAGCCUGCUUGUUAACUGGGGGAUAUUAUCUUAUUUCAGUCAUUUGUGCUGAAAUGUUGAGUAGCACAGUGGAAUUAAUUAAGUUUCUUGUAGAUCUAUAGGAGAUCUGUAUUAAAGAGUCUUUUGUAGGCCAUAUGCUUGGUAAUCUUAAAGGCACAUUUUUAGGCUUCUGACAGGCCAACACAUUACACAUUACUUUUUAAAUUUGUGAAUUCACUGGGUCUUUUCUGUCUUAUCUAAAAGUAUGUUUUAGAUUGUUUUUUCAGAUAUUUUAUAACAGGUACUGAAUAGUGAAACUGACUGUAGUGUAUUCUAAUAUUCUCUGGGCCACUCAUAAUAACUGUUCCUCACACUUUUAAAAAUGUUUUGGUAUGGCAUUCUAUACCCACCAAGGCUAAUAAACCAUCUUAAGUAGGCUUUUUAGAGGAAGGCCUGAAUUUUAGUCUACUUGGAAAUGGCUCUGUAGCUGUGACAUAAUGUGCAAAAUUAAGGUACAAUUUAAUAAAAUGAAUGGUUUACAACUGAUAGGUUUUAGGCCUCAUGAAAAUGAUCUGUACACACUUAAAACUGGACAAUUAAAUUUGUUUAAACAAGUUUGCAACAUGUACUUCAGUAAACAUUUAUGACCUAGUCUGCAUAGAUAAAUCAACGUCUGAAACACUGUAACUUCCUAUUUCUUGUAUGUGUGUACAGAGUGUUUGCUCUGUUUUUACCUCUGGUUUACCAACCAUAUGCUACUGUAUUUAGCCUUUGCCCUUAUUGACUUGUUCACCUUAUUGGAAUGCUUGUUCUGGUUUUCCUAAUUUCACUGUUUUCUCAACUAAGCCUUUGCUCUAACCUUAGGUAUUGGUUGCCUCCCUUUUUGUUGGAUUUCUCCUUUGUUAAUAAAGCCUUCUACUUUUA